UCAGGGAUUAGGAUUUAGUCGUCUGUAUAAUCCACGGCGAGCGUCACAGAAGAAGCAAAAGGACAUUACUAUCAUCUUCAUUUGGGCGCUCUAUCCUUUCACUCGGAGUUCGCUAAACGACAUGGCUAUUCCGACCACGGGUCUCCUCUCCAACUUCCUCGCCGGCGAAACGGCGUCGUUCGCUCUCCCUUCUCACACCAUGUUAGCCCGCCCUCCUCUUACGUUGCGCCUUGUGCGGAGUGCCACCUCCGCUACUGUGUCUCAACCUCCCACCGGGAAGCAGCCUCGAGGUAUCAUGAGGCCCCGCAGGGUUUCCCCCGAAAUGCAAGCCCUCGUUGGGGUUCCCGAAAUUUCCCGAACCCAAGCUCUCAAGCAGAUUUGGGCUUACAUUAAGGAGAACAAUCUUCAGGACCCUCAAAACAAGAAGAUUAUCAUAUGUGAUGAGAAGCUGAAGAAGAUAUUUGCAGGAAAAGAUCAAAUCGGGUUUCUGGAGGUUGCUGGAUUGAUAAGCCCUCACUUCCUCAAAUGAAAGCAAGUGAAAAACUAGCUUUGAAGUUUGUCAAUUGUUGAGGAAAACAAGACUGUCUUUUGUAGUGCAGGUCAUAUAUUUUGGCUGUAAAACUAAUAGAAUUUGAAUAUUAAUUUAUGACCUGCCUUUUGGUAGCCGUUUUUUUGUUUUGUUUUGUUUUUUAACAGAACAAGCUUUGUUAAUGGGUUUUUCUUGAGUAAUGUAGGCUCUUCAACAGGCGCUAGUACUACCUUGGUUUGUUUUA